AUGGGACUCAAGUCAACAGAAGAUUUUGAUGUGCGUACAAAACUGUUAAGUAAAUUGGAUAGUGAAGCAAACGUAAUUACGCUAGAUAUUCUAUCAAGAGAAUGUCAAAGAAUCAUAAAUCUAAAAACUGAUUCAGCUCUCAUUGAAAAUGCACAUGGUGAAAAUCAAGUACAUCGUUUACAACUGGAAAAAAACAAAAGUAACAGCAAACCAAAUUCACCAUGCUGGUAUUAUGGCGGCAUGCAUUAUGCCCGUCUUUGCAUGUAUAAAAAUCAUAAGUGUGAAGAAUGCAAUAAACUGGGACACAAAGAGGGUUAUUGCUUCAAAAGGAAAAAUAAUAAAAAACACUCCGACCCAUCAUACAACUCUGGUCCCGAAGCAAGAAGUAUUUUCACAUGUAACACAAUAAAUAGUUCAUUGAGGAAAUUCGCCACAAUUAAAAUCAAUGGAAUCGAUGUAAAAUUACAACUUGACACUGGCUCGGACAUAACAAUUAUUACAGAAGAAGUUUUCAACAAACUCCGCAUACACGAAUUGCAAAAAGUCACACAAACCGCUCGUAGUGCUACAAAGCCAACCGACGUUUCUCGGGGCAAUCAAUCACGGCAGCGGAAAAAUCAUACAGGCAAAUAG